AUGUCGUUCCAGAUUGGCGGCGGCGACAAGGACAAGGACCAGCUGUCAACGGCAUCUUCGGGGUCGAUUGGCAUAGCGGUCACCAGCGAUGACACACCCCACAACGCCUCUUCCUCCUCCUCCAACAAUAACGCACCAACACACUCCAACACCAACACCCACUCCAACUCGAAAAACGCAUAUUCAUCAGCCACCAGGCCGAACACGGCGUCGUCAACGUUCAGCGACCCCUUUGCCUCGCCCGACUCGAGCCGCCCUCCGUCCAUCAGGCCGGCACUGAGCCCGUCCGGCUCGACGUUCAGCUUCCCCUUCGGCCUCUCCAACGCUCCGAACCACGUUCCCCGCUCGAUCCUCCAUCAGUCUUCGUCGAAGGAUAUCAGAGACAGAGACAGCCACCUGUCCAGCAGCGGCCUCGGUGGCCCGCCGACCUACGGGUACAGCUCCGCCCGCUCCUCCUCCCAGCGCAUCCCGCAUUUCACGAGCGCGAACAGUCUUUAUGGCGUGCUGCCCACACCGUCGACCCCAAACCCCGAUGGGAGCACGGCGGCGUUGAGGCAUAAAGGCACGAGGAUGAAAAGCCACAAGUUGCCUGAUGAUGUGGUUGUGCCGAAGCCGUGGAAGGAGGAGGAGAAGAAGAGUGCGAGGAAGGUGGUGUCGUAUUGGAUCGUUUAUGCGCUUGCGCUGUUGGGCUUUGCGGGUGGCGCUGUGCAGUGUUUCUUCACUGUUAAGAAUGUGCAGUUGGACAAGGAGCCGUUGUGUAUUGUGUUGGACGAGGAUUUUAGCAAUCCGGAUACUGUGUUUGGAGAGGGAGGCACUUUCUUUAGGGAAGUUACUAUGGAUGGCUUUGGCAACGGUCAAUUCGAGAUGACGACGGCCUCAUCGAACAACUCAUUCGUCCAAGACGGCAAGCUCUACAUCGUCCCCACACUCACCGCUGACAACAUCGGCAUGGACGCCGUCCUCGACGGCACCAUCUACAACAUCACCGGCUGCACCUUCAACGAAACACGGCCUGACGGAGGCUUCAUCCUGCAACCCGACGGCAGCCAGGUAUUCGACAUCGAAGGCUAUACCAACGCGUGCAGCAAAGUUUCCAACGCCACAAGCGGGGCUAUUAUUAACCCCGUGCAGAGUGCCCGGUUGACGACUAUCAAGAGUGCGAGUAUUCGGUAUGGACGGGUGGAGAUUCGGGCCAAGAUGCCUCAUGGUGACUGGCUCUGGCCCGCCAUUUGGAUGUUGCCCAAGGACAGCGUGUACGGCCCGUGGCCUAUGAGUGGCGAAAUCGAUAUCGUCGAGUCCCGCGGUAACGGUCUGCGCUAUACGGCACAUGGAUCGAACUACGUCCAAGGCUCGCUGAACUGGGGACCCGCACCUGGUCUUAACGGCGUCGACAAGACCUACAGCUGGUGGAGCGAUAAGCGCAAGUCGUUCGCCGACGAGUUCCAUACGUAUGCUUUGGAGUGGACGCCCAAGUUCCUCCGAAUCUACGUCGACUCCCGCCUGCACACCCUCCUCGACCUGCGCUUCAACAAGCCCUUCUUCGAGCGCGCCGAAUGGCCAGCCACAGUCUUCGACGGCAACUCCCUCGCACCCCUGCACAACCCCUGGGCCAACGGUACCAAUGCCACACCCUUCGACCAAGAAUUCUUCUUAAUUCUCAACGUCGCUGUCGGAGGGACGAACGGUUGGUUCCCCGAAGCGCAGGGGGAUAAGCCGUGGUUGAAUAGCGCUGGGAACCCCCAAAGGGAUUUCCUUAGUGCGAUUGAACAGUGGUAUCCUACGUGGGGCACGGAUGUGAACCAGAGAGCGAUGGUGGUUGAUUAUGUGAAGAUGUGGAAGCAUUGUAAGGCGCCGGCGUAGAGGGUUGGUGAGGGCUUGGUUCCUUGCUUUCGCUUUUUUCUUUCUUUCGAUACGACACUGGACAUUUUUUUUUUUCCACUCAAGCUAGCUUUACUAUCUUAUCCUUCCUUCGUUCUACGCUGCGCAUGUUCCGCAUUGGCAUUCUCCCCGCUUUCUCGCUUUGCUGCUGCAUGUACACUAUACAUUCCAACUACCGUAGUAUAUCUCGCCUGAACAAAAACCUCUUAACCACGAGCGCUUGCAAACCUAAUUUUAUUCCCUUGGCUCUAGUUUCCCCUGUUCGAAUUCCUUCUUUCUUGGGACCUCGUUAUAUUUGGAUAUUUUUCUCGAUUUAGAAUGGCAUAUUUUUAAGAAACC